ACAGCGGCCGUGAGCCCCCGGCAGCCCAGAGCGGCCCCAGGCAGCCCGAAGCAGCCCCAGCAGCCUCAGGAUGCUGCCGGCGGGCGGCCCCAGCCCCGCGCAGACCUGCGGCGUCGUGCUGGUGGCCGCCGUGCUGCUGCAGUCCCUGUGCGUGGCCGUCACCUUCCUGUACUUCACCAGCGAGCUCAGACAGCUCCAGGACUCGUACUCCAAGAGUGGCAUUGCUUGUCUCACCGGGGAGGAGAUCGGAAAUUCCAUCCAAAACUUGGAUCUCAUCGAAAGCCAAGACAGAGAGUCUGAUCCCUGCUGGCAAGUGAAGUGGCACCUGGGAAAGUUAAUUAAAAAGAUGAUAUCAAGAAGCUACGAGGAAAACAUAUCUGCAAUCAACGUGGAGAGCACGCUGACCCUGCCCCGCGCCGAGGGGCAGCAGCCGCGCGGUGCCGUCCGCAGGAUCGCGGCACACCUGACGGGCAGCAGCAGCAGGAGGAGCUCCCUGGCCCCACGCAUAAAUCCCUUGCCCAGAAGAGGAAAUGGACACAAAAUAAACAACUGGGAAUCAUCAAGAAAAGGCCACUCCUUCCUUUACAACGUGGAGCUGAGAAAUGGAGAGUUAGUGAUACCCCAGACAGGUUUUUAUUACAUCUACUCACAAAUUUACUUCCGCUUCCGUGAGAACGAGAAUGAGGACUCAGAUUUGUUGGGACAAAUCAGGAACCCCAAACAGCUUGUCCAGUAUGUUUACAAACUGACUAAUUACCCUGAGCCCAUUUUGCUCAUGAAAAGUGCAAGAACAAGCUGCUGGUCUAAAAAGGCGGAAUAUGGACUUUAUUCCAUCUAUCAAGGUGGUGUGUUUCAGCUGAAGAGAGAGGACAGGAUUUUUGUCUCUGUCAGCAACAGCGACAUAGUUGACAUGGACAAAGAAGCAAGUUUUUUUGGAGCCUUCAUGAUCAGUUAAAACACGAAAAUAAUGAUCCCAAACAGCCCAGUUUUUCUAGCCAAGGACAGCUUGAACUCCUAUAAAAUAGGGGAUAACAAGCAAAAGCUGUAUCCAUACCAAGCAGAGCACACUGCCCUUUCUCACCACAUUCUGUCCCAGCAGCCAGGAAGAGCAGCAGCAGCUGGCUGUGGGUGGCAAUGCCCUGUGCAGGCACAGGCAGCCAGGCUGGGAAUGUGUGGUGGAUUCACAGCCCUCAGGUGAUCCCUUUGGCCAGAACCCCAGGCAGGUGAGCACUCACCAGAGAUGCUCCAUGGCUCAGCUGUGGCACGAGGGAUGGCGGAUGUUCCAGGUCUGGUUACCCAAGGCUGAGACUGAAUAUCAAAUUUUAUUUGUGGUCUCCAUUAGGACCCUUUCUUGAAUGUGUCAGGAACCUUUGUACAUACUGAGCCCAAGUGCCUGUGGAAUUUCUCCAGAAGUUUUUUGAACAGGAAUUUUGCAGAAGAUGCACAUCUUCAUCUCGUCUAACAAAGCAAUUAAGCACCUAAUUAAUUUUAAGCACACGAACAAUCUGACUACAUCAGGGUAUCCACAUGCUUGAAAUUAAGUAUGUGCUUAAGCAUUUUCCAGGAUCAUGUCUUGAGUAAACACAUUUGUCUUAUUGUACAUAAGAACAGCUGCUGGAAUGGCACUGAAGAGCUUUUGAAAUCAAUCUGUGUUUUGAUCAACACUUUGUAACAGUGCCUAUUUACGUAAUUACUGUUCUGCAGACAUCUCACCAGGCUCACAGUAAGUUCAGUAAUGCAGUUGCUGUUAGACUUGCUGACAGCAAGAAUUGGAUCCAGAAAAAAAAAGUGGGUUUCUGUAAAUACUGAAUUCUGUGAGAAAUUUGCAGCAAGUUAGGCAUGACAAGAUUCUUCCAUGUUUAUUUGUACUGGUCUGUGUUGGGUAGGAUGUAAUGUAGAAUAACACACCCCAAUGACUAACAUUUUAAGGGAAACAGGCACAACUGUCUGUACUUACAAAA